ACAGAUCAACCUUAUGGUGAAGGAGAUGCAAAAUCUAAGACAUUUUCAAAGAAAAGCCAAUUCGUUACAUGUAUGAUUCUAUAAAUACAUAACCACCACCAGUAGUUCCUUGCAUCACCCUUUCUUAGUCAUCAAGAAAUCCAUAUCCCAAAUGCAAUCAACCCCAACAAUGACCCCCUCAUCUGGUCUCCAACUCUUCUUCACAAUUGUCUUCCCUGACACCAAACUGCAUAAAAUUUUCUCAGAUGCCAAACACUUUCUCCAAACCCUAUCCACCAAAUGCAAACCUUGGAACAACAUCAAACCCCCAAACACUGAACCAGUGAACCAACAAUGCUUUAAUGAGAAUCACAUUGAUGUGCAACUUCUCAGUGAAGAGCUGAACAUGGUGAUGAACAAACUAGGCUUGCCGCGUGACAUAAAUGGUGGUUGCAUGAUUGGUGCUAAAGAGGUUUUGGCAUUGUUUGAUGAAGAGAAGCCCUGUUUGGAAGAAGUGAAAGAAGCAUUUGAUGUGUUUGAUGAGAACAGAGAUGGGUUCAUAGAUGCAACAGAGUUGCAGAGAGUUCUCUGUGUUUUGGGGUUGAAUGAAGUUUCAGAGUUGGAGGAUUGCAAAAGGAUGAUCAGUGGUUUUGAUGAAAAUGGGGAUGGAGUCAUUGAUUUUAGUGAGUUUGUGAAAUUUAUGGAGAUGUGUUUUUUGUAAAUGUUAGCUAGUACUUUGUAUGUUUUCUAUCUAUGUUUGCUAGUAUGAUAAUCAAGUUGGCCUUUUGA